CGCCGCCUGAGCAGCCCCUCCACAGGGAGAACCACCGCCGGGCCUUCUCCAGCCGCUCCGUAACCACGGCAACUCGGUCGGAUCUCGCAGAAUCUCGUGGCAUUCGCGAGGGGGGGGGGGCGAAGAGGUCCAAGGUCACGGAGCUAAUCGACGCAACAGGGGCUGCGGUGCUGUCGUCAGCGGAGCCGGGGGAGGGGGCAAGCUGAGUGCAGCUCCCUCCGCCCGGAGGGAGAAGCAGCUGGCCCGGCCUAGCCUGGCCCAGCUCGGCUCGACUGAUGCUGUCCCUCAGCCCUGGUGAGUGCGGCCUGAUGGCGGCCGGGCUGAGCUGAGCCCGACCACUCGGAUGCGGCGGAGUGAGGAGGAACCCAAUGGACGUUAUGGAAAGCCCACUGAACCUGGCUCACCAGCAAAGCAGAAAGGCGGAGCGUAUGCUAGCAGCAGGAAAAUAUGCUGAAGCAAUUGAUUGUCAUGGGAAGGCUGCAGACCAUCUUGGAGAAGCCAUGAAACUAACACAUUCAGAACAGGCUUUAUUAUCAUUGGAGCUACAGAGAGACAGUCAUAUCAAACAUCAGCUUUUAAUUCAUGAGAGGUGGAAGAGAGCUAAGAGAGAAGAAAAGCUGAGGGCUCAGUUACAUCCAGCAGCAACAGACAGGGAGAUUGAUCCACAGUCAUCUGCAAAACUAUCUUCUGAUGAAUCCAAUGGUCUGAAGACACUUUCUGCAAGUGUAGAAAUAGGUAGCCUUAACAAGGAGGAAUAUCCGAGACAGAUUCAGGAUUUCUGCGAUCGGGAACCAGACACUCUUCUCUUUCUGUUAGAAAAGAGGCACGUUGCUUCAAAAAUCUGUGCAGUGAGCAAAACUCCUAUAGAUGACAAGACGAGGAUUGAGGAGCAAGAGAUGAAAAUUGCUGAACUGAAAAGACUUGUUGACCUACUUAUCGCUGAGAAUGAGAGGUUAAGGAAGGAGAAUAAGCAGCUGAAGGCAGAGACUGCAAGGCUUAGGAAGUCCCCGUUGGAGAAGGAAUUGGAUGUGGAUUCUGACUUUGUGAAGUCGGAGUUAUGGUGCUUGAGUCAACCGUCCAAUAACACCACCAAUGCUGGGAAAGCAAAAGACAUUCCAAUACCCAACCUUCCUCCUUUGGAAAUGCCAGCUCAGGACAUUUCAUUGGAUGAUCUCCCCCUUUUAGAACUUCCUGAGGAGGUUGUGUGUAACCUGAAGGAACUAUUGGACAACCAAAAGGAAACCUCAAAAGACAAACUAUAGGGAGUAUACUUGCAAAAAAAAAGUUUGUUAUCAAAUAAAUGGUACAGUGCCUCAGAAUAGCAGUUAAUGUUCCUGUUGUGUGUACGACACGAGUGCCAGAUGAUCGUAUGUGUGAUCUUUAUGACUUUCUCAUCCAGAUGGACUGGGGCACUGUUUACAACUGGGUACUCGCCUCCAUGAAUCAGCCUGUGCCACUCAGUGAAUUCUUAAUGUGAUGUGUAUUUCAAAGCCAAUCAGGAACAUUACAUGUAUUUCUACUGUAUAAUGAGGGAACCAAAUCAACAACUUCUGAAUGAUCAGUUUACAUUACAAUAAUUGGGGUGCAUCAUUGUAUACCUUUUUUAUUGUAGUCUUUCAAUCUAAGCAAAUUACUCUGUGUGAUAUGAAUUGUCUAAAGAUGAACUGUAACUUUUUUGUUGCUGCAUGAAUGAAUAAAUAGUAUCAGUAUUUGAUUUGAAGAUCAGAUAAUAAAAAUACUAUCCUUGCAAUUUGAUUUUAUAGAAAUUAUCAUUCUUUUAAAUGCUGUGGUAAUGUAUUUGUACACUUCCCUCUGAAUCAGCUGGCUGGAGGUUCUAACCCCUCUUAAACCCACCAGGUCAGUGUUGGAGGCGAGGUCUGCCAUUGGACCAGGAGAGCUGAAAGAUUAUAUGGCAUUGUUUGAGGAGGAGACUUCUGAUGUUGUGACCUGCAUUCCUCCCUCUGACCAGCAUCUAAAUGGGCAUUUAUUUUAUUACAGUUUACAUGAUCCUGAGUGGCUUUAAAAUAAUUCAUCAUAAAGGGUGCUUCAGCAGAACAUGACAGGUGCCUUAUAAAAAUCAUUCCUCUAAAGAAACUGUCAGUGCCUCACAAAUAUGGCGCCAUUAAAAUAAUCAAUGUAGCAACUAUAGUGUCUCGUGUUAAGUACAAGAAUUUAAUGUUUGCUUCCAGUUAAUUCUAAUGCAGUUUAAAUUUGGCUAGUUUUUUAAUCUUUGUCGCUUUUAUCAGAGGUUCAAGUCUCCGUUCUGAUAGACAAAGUCCACAGGUUUGUAACAAAAUAAUGGGUAUCCAUUCUGCUUCACCUCUGCCUGUACCGAGGAGCUAUUUUAAUUUUUCUGUUGAAUAUGAGGACAGGAAGAUAUUUGCCUGCAUUUUUCUGUUGUACCUGAUCCAGAAGACCAAGGUGUCCCUUCCUCAAAAUUCUGAUGUCUUGCAAAAUAAACCUGUGUUUACUUAAA